CAAUUAUCACACUUUGUUGUGGUUUUUAAGCUAAAGUUGUGCUCAACCCCCCAAGUCAUUGUCCUUCCCUUUCUCUUUUCUAGUGUCUGUGGCUUAUCUAAGCAUCUUGUAUAUGAAAACUUGUCCUAGCAAAGAGAAAGAUUCAAUGAAUGGAUAUGGUAGAAAGAAUAUCACCAUGCCUGUCUAUGAGGCCUUUGCUUGAGUCUUUGUGACAGUUUCUGCUAGCUUUCAUGUCAGAAAUUCAGGAUGCAAACUCAUGUGCUUCUGUUCUUAGUACAAAGAGAAUGCCAUCAUGCCUGGUUGACGAGGGAUGCAGGCCUUAUCCUUCUGCAAUUAUUUAGUGUUAUUUUGCUUUGAGUAUGCUUUGAAAAUUUCAAAGAUAUCUAACUAUUAAAAGGAUAUUUGUAUAUACUAGAAAAUAAAUAAGUUGUGAAAAUAAGUAGUGGAAAUAUGACCAUCUAUCUGCGUGUAAUUUUAUCCUCCUAUAAUUGUUCUUUUAUAAUUUGUUGGUUAUGUUAAAUCUGAUGCAUGAACUUGUUUCUUAAAAUUUCAAUUAAUUUCCAAAUGAAAUAACCUCGAUGAACAUUAGAUGGUUUCAUGUGAUCCAUACUCUUCAGUUCUGGCAUUCUUUUUUUCUUCUUCUUUUCUCCCUGACUUUUCUAUGAACAAGAUGUAGGUUUGUUCUUCUUUAUAUGGAUACCAUUUGCUUUCUCUUCCCUCUGUGGCAUUAAUUUUUUUCUCAUCAAGAGGUCAGUUGUGGUUGUGGUGUUAUGUCAUUCCUCGUAGUUCUCCCACCAAAGUUCUUUUAAAGCAAUUUUCUUAUACCAAACUUGCUAUAGUUUUAAAAUGUGGAAAAUUUAGAAAUAAAACCUUUGAUAGAUGGUUAUAUGAUAUGUUUGUUUUUUUUUUUUUAAUCAAAAAUAAUAUGUUUCUCCUCAUCUACUACAUGUUAUUUAAGCAUUGCCUCAAAGCUUGCACAGGAAUAUUAUUGAUAUACCAUUUGUGCUGAUGCUUUUGCAGCUUGUUGAUAACAAAGAAUCUAAAAUCCAACUCUCACGUAGAAGUUGAGCAACUCACAACAGUUUUCAAUCCAGCUAUUAAUCAUCUGCUUCCAUAAGCUAUCAAACGUUGCUAAAGAGAGCAAGCGAAAAGCUAUGAAUAGCAUAGAAGAGAGACCAAAGUUUUGGAGUGAGAACCCAAGUCCAUCAGGAACAACUGAUAGGGAGGCUUCCUGGAAGGACUUUGGCACAUCCAUGAAUGCAAUCUCUUUUGGGUUUCUUGCUACAGCAAUCCUAGUAUCCAUGUUCCUCAUCAUGGCAAUCUUCGAACAUUUACUUGGACCAAGGCUCUCUCACCCAUCAUCUCAAACUGAUGCUCUAAGAUCCAUGGAGAUGGGCCAACAAUCGACUCAGACGCAUUCACUUGGCAAGCUCAGCAAUUCAGAUUCUGUGGAAACUCCAUAUCCCCUAGAUGUAUCCGUGUUGAUGCCAGGGCAAAUAUAUCCAACAUACCUAGCCCAACCAGCUCCUCACCCCUGUCCAAGAGAAGGGAUGUAUUGGCCUUCCCAUGAUCAUCAUGCCUUUAGUUCUCCCUAGUUCUUCACAUGUAGUAAUCCCAUGCAAGUUGAAAAUAUGGUGCAGGCUCAAAUAAUUAUGGUUCUAAUGAUUUGCCUGUACUAAGACCUGCACCAGAGUAUAGCUUUUACCAUGAAUAUAUUCAAAAGGAGUAUAUUUCAAGA